UCAUCUGAAGGGGGCGGAACUUACCAACAUUUGUUAUGGAAGAUGUCAUUCGUUAGAAGAGCAAUGAUAUCUGCGUCAAAGUCAAAAUUAUUGAGCCUGGCCAGGGCAUCUACUCUUCUGAACAACCCCGGUGUGACCCAGCAGUUAUACCGGCUGCCCCCACACCCCACAGCGGGGCUCCAGCGCUUCAGUAGCACCUCCGCCCAGGAGAAGCCAGCGGUGUCAGGUCCAUCUGAAGAUAAAGUACACCUCACUGAGUCAUGUGUGAAGAGACUUGGGGAGAUCAUGGAGAAGGGCGAGUACCUGAGAAUACAUGUGGAGGGAGGAGGCUGCUCUGGGUUCCAGUACAAGUUUACUGUUGAUGGUAACAGGAAUGAGGAUGACAUAGUGUUUGAGCAGGGAGGAGUGGGCAUUAUCGUGGACCAGGACAGCCUGGAGUUUGUCAAAGGAGCCACAGUGGACUUCACCCAGGAGCUGAUCCGCUCCACCUUCCUAGUGCUGAAGAAUCCUCAAGCUGAUCAUGGCUGCUCCUGUGGCAGCUCAUUCUCUGUCAAACUAUGAAGCUGCUUCCCUGUUUCAUCCGUUAAUAAUAACAAUAAUAAUAAUAAUAAUAACAAUAAUAAUAAUAAUAAUACUUGAUACACUGAUUUACCAAUUUAUCAGGUACACAUGUACAAAAUACAGUAAAAUAUUAGAAACAUUUCAGCCUUCUAUAUUAUAUCUGAUUACCAUAGGGAUGAAUAAACACCUGUCUGAAACAAUGUCAACAAAAACUGAAAAUUAUAGGCUUCACAAAAGUACAAUUUAUUAUAGUGCUAUCAUAUUGGAUUGUCUUUAACAGUAAACGUGUACCUAAUAAACCGUAAACUCAGGGUAUUAUGUGAUAUUGAGCUAUCUGAUAUUUUGAGUUCCUAUUUCAGUUUGCUAAUAGCUACAUCUUGUGUCAACAGUGAAACUGGUAGAUAGUCUUGCACUUUUGAGUGUGAAAUGACAUGAAGUGAAUGAAGGGCAGAGGUGGUGAUUAAUCAUUGAAGACAGCUAAAGUCAGUAACGCUCAUUGACAGCAGAGUUCAUUAUAUUCAGCUGCGAUUUGUGUUGGACUAUUCGGUGCUUAGAUUUGUCUUUGUAUGUAAAAUAUGUAUAUAGGCCAUAUCUAUGAAUAUAAAGAGCUAAGGUAUGUUAAGGUUCGUUUCUUCUUAAAUAAAAUUGAGUGAAUAUCAGAUA